GUAUUGCGUCCUUCUCUUUCACUACAGACGCUUGAGUGCAAAUUGAGUUGUGCGGAGUGAAAUGCUCUCUCCCUUGUACUGAACAUCAGAUCACACCGAAUUCGACGGCUUAAGUCCGAUAUAUAACUUGACUUUUCGGCCACCAAAUCAGAAAAAAUUUAAUAAACGGUUGCUGUUUCUGGGCAUGUCUCGUUUUGGUAAUAUACAAAUAACGUCCUGCCUCUGUGUCGUUAGUGACUUUGCAAGACGUGCUGGAAAGUGGUAUAGACUGUUGAUCAUUCAUGCUAUCUUAUCAACAACAUCAAGCUUAAAACUGCGCUCUUUCAUGAAAAGUUGUACCGCAACUCUAACCACCAGAAAAGUAGACGUUUUGAACAGCUCGCCACCAAAGAGUCAGCAAGUGCGCAUAUAAUAUUAGAAUACGCAUGAGUGUUAGAAUUAGUGGUGUCAGGACUCCGGACUCUUACU